GCGGGGCGGGGCGCUCCGUUAGCUGGCUGGGAUGUAGCAUCUGUAGUGGGAGCAUAGUUCCUUUCAUGGGCAACUCAGAGCAAGAGGGUGAGAGUGCUGGAUGUGCCCCAUGGGGGAGCUGGCGGUCCCCGGCUGCUGGUGACAUGUCUGCUGGAGGACUGGACACUACUCGGGGGUCUCCUCUGCUGUGAUGAGGAUGUCUCUGCAGAGCGCACUGUCUGCUGGAUCUGCGGAAGAGGAGCAGCUGGAGGAGAAGCAAAGGGACAAGCUGCCCCCCAUCCUGUGUGCUGCCAGUGCUGCCCCUACUGGGGGGAUGGAACGAGCAGCGAAGGGCCAGUUCUCAACCUUCAGCAGUUUCAUUUCAACUAUCAACCAAAAGAAAGAAGCCGCUGGGAACAGAUGCUCACCUACGCAGCUUGUUAUACCCAACAACAAAAAUGUAAGGGACCUUCCACCAAUAUGCCUUGAUGUUCGACAAAAGCAGCGUAUCUCCAUUGAUACACUACCUGCAGAGAUGAAAGCGCCUAUCUUGCCCGAACCUCCCAUUCCAGUGCGGAACAAGACUCUAAAGGAUUUCCAGACAGACUUGGAUAAAGCAAAAUCCACAGGAGAAUGGAAAGCUGUGCAUGAUUUCUAUUUAACCACCUUUGAUUCAUUCGUGGAGUUAAAUGCUGCAUUCAAGAGAGAUGCAAGCACCUCUCUUAACACUCUUGAAGAUUCUAGAAUCAAUACAAAGUUUCUGAAUGCUGUCUAUGAUGCCUUAAUAACUACUACUCAAGAUAUCCAGAAAACAGUACUGAAAGGAAUAAUCAACAGUCUCUUAAGGGAAUGGAAAGGGCCCAGAACUAAAGAUGACCUCAGAGCCUACUUUAUCCUGACACAGAAUCCACAAUUCGGCAGUACCUCCACUUAUGUCAUCUACGCUCAUCUGCUACGACAAAUGGCUACUCUGUCCGAUGCCGACCACAGUUUAUUAAUUCACUGGUUCAAAAAGAUGUCACAGAAGCGAUUCAAGCAACUAGUGGACCGACUGCUGCAGUUUAUCUCCUUGCGCCUCUUUCCUUCAAAGCCUGAAGAGUUUCCACCUAUUGCCAAAUGUACAUGGUGGAUUCCAUCUGCAACCAAAGUGAUAGCAUUACUUAAUGCUGCGAAUAUGCUUUGUAACCCGCCAUUAAUUCCUUACACUGAUUUCUAUAAUUCCACAUUGGAUCAUAUUGAUCUCAUGGAAGACUAUCAAACCUGGCAAUUCUAUGGAAGCACCCACAGGUUUUCCUUCUGUCAGUUUCCAUUUGUCAUAUCCAUUGCAGCAAAAAAAGUCAUCAUUCAGAGGGACUCGGAGCAACAGAUGAUCAGCAUUGCACGGCAAAGUCUUGUGGAUAAAGUUUCUCGGAGGCAGAAACCUGAUAUGAACAUGUUGUUUCUUAAUAUCAAAGUCAGGAGGCUGCAACUGGUCAGCGAUUCACUGGACGAGCUUUCACGAAAGCGGGCAGACCUGAAGAAAAAGUUAAAGGUUACUUUUGUUGGUGAAGCUGGCCUUGACUUGGGUGGUCUGACAAAAGAGUGGUUUCUUCUACUCAUCAGACAAAUUUUUCAUCCUGACUAUGGUAUGUUUACAUAUCAUAAAGACUCGAACUUUCACUGGUUUAGCACUUUUAAGUGUGACAACUAUUCAGAAUUUCGUCUGGUUGGAACUUUGAUGGGGCUGGCGGUCUAUAACAGCAUCACUCUAGAUAUCCGCUUUCCACCUUGCUGCUACAAGAAGCUAUUAAGUCCUCCGAUAGUACCUUGUGACCAGAACAUACCUGUUGGCAUUGCCUCCAUCACGCUGGAUGACCUGUAUCAGAUCAUGCCAGAACUAGCACAUGGAUUGAAUGAACUACUAACAUAUGAAGGCAAUGUGGAAGAGGAUUUCUAUUCAACAUUCCAGGUGUUUCAAGAGGAAUUUGGUGUCAUUAAAUCAUAUAAUCUAAAACCUGGUGGUGAUAAAAUCCCAGUCACCAAUCAGAACAGGAAAGAAUAUGUCCAACUGUAUGUAGACUUCCUUCUUAAUAAAUCUAUUUACAAGCAGUUCUCAGCGUUCUACUAUGGGUUUCACAGUGUCUGCUCAUCUAAUGCACUGAUGUUACUUCGCCCAGAAGAAGUAGAGAUUCUUGUCUGUGGUAGUCCUGAAUUAGACAUGCACGCCCUCCAGAAAAACACACAUUACGACGGCUACCAAAAGACUGAUCUUACUAUCAGGUAUUUGUGGGAUGUUGUUCUCAGUUUCCCUCUUGACUUUCAAAAGAAGUUUCUGCAUUUUGCUACAGGAAGUGAUAGAGUGCCGGUUGGCGGGAUGGGGGAUUUGAAUUUCAAGAUAUCAAAGAAUGAAACCUCAACUAAUUGGUUACCAACAGCACACACCUGCUUCAACCAACUGUGCUUACCUCCCUACAAAACAAAGAAGGAGCUAAAGCAAAAGCUGACCAUUGCAAUUUCUAACUCUGAAGGCUUUGGUCUACAAUGAACAUAGAAGUCUUUCUGGUCUUGCUUUCUAUCCUUUGUCCAUUGAGACCACCGGUGUUGGUAGGAAGGCGCAGUGCUGACUUCUCCGCCAUUGUACUUCACACAGCUGGUGCCAACGUCAGACCUACAAGAGGGAGAGAGAGCGCCCCAUUGAGAAAGCUGUGGACGAGAUGCAAGAAUGAAUCCUGUUGUUAAUCAGCCAGUUUUCAUUUUUUAACAACAGACUUAGGAAUUAGUUUAGAUUGAGUAGCAAUUUCUAGUUACUUAGUAACAAAACUUCAUGCAGGACAGCAAAACGGCUUAAUAAUUCUGCCAGUUAUUUACAAUGCUUUAUUAUUGUAGAGACAUGUUUAUAAGGAGAUGUAAAUGAGUUGUGUAGAUACAAUUUUACAAUUUUCUACUUGUAGGAAAUGAAGGCGUACAGCAGAUGUUGUCAGCUUUAUUACGAUCUGUUAUGUAUAUUUAGGGAUCUCAUUCGUCAUUUAGAUUAACUCAACCUCCACUUUUGUAGAACCAUCAAUGAUUGGGGAAAUGUCAAGGUUUUCACAUAAAGGGUUAUUUGGGGUUUCUGACUUUUUUAAUGCUGCACCUGCAAGUUUAUGUAUAGGUAUUUAUGAACUUUGUUGCCUUCAUUGAAUGCCAUUUGGAUGGGACUUUUUUGGCAGGUAAAUCAUAAGUACCCAUCUAGUGAGGCAAGAUUUAUUUAGGGCAAAAAACAGAGCUUGCCAACAAAAAUUUUAAUAUUUUAUUAAAUGUGUAACUUUUUUUUCCCCAAGAAAAUAAUGGUUAUGUGAAGAAUACUACGAGUUUAAAGGGGUACUCCGCCCCUAGACAUGUUAUCCCCUGUCCAAUGUAUAGGGGAUAAGAUGUCUGAUCGCCGCUGCGGCGACCCACACAUCCGAAGUUUGCUCUGUGCUGGAUGACUAGCGAUACGGGGCGGAGGCUCUUGACUUCACAGUCACGCCCUUGUGUGACAUCAUGGCCAUGCCCCCUCGAUGCAAGUCUAUGGGAGGGGGCGUGACUCCUGUCACGCCCCCUCCCAUAGACUUGCAUUGAGGGGGCGUGAGGCGCGACCGAGACGUCACGAGCCUCCGGCGCUGCACACAAUUCUCUAAACGAACACCGGGUGCAGCAGAGAGAUCGCAGGUGUCCCCAGAAGAGGGACCCCGACGAUCAGACCUCUUAUCCUUUGGCUAGGGGAUAAGAUGUCGAAGGGCGGAGUACCCCUUUAAGGGAUAUCAGGAUUUCCAUAUGGUUUAUGUAUAGCAUUGUUGCAAAUGCUUCAAGACAAAAACUACAUGCCAGUUUUAGGAAACCCUUUAGUUUCGUAUUACUGUAUAAUGUUUACGCGAAUUGCUAACCUGAAAAGUCCAACCAAUUACGUAAGUAUUUUAGUACUUUGCAUGGCUGAACACUUUUAUCUUAUUCUACAUUUAUGGAUUAUGUUCUGCCAUACCAGGCUCGCAGAAAUCAGAGAAUCCCUUAGAUACAAGUGCAACACUAGAGCACUGGACUUUCCCAAUCGCUAUAGGAUUAAGUCUGAUAAUACAAUUAUGUUUAGGAAUAUUACUGAUUGUGUCAAUCUCAUCCUACCGCUGCAUCAGAAUUGCAGUAGGUUAUCUAGUCGCGAGUGUCAAGGUUAUUUUAUUUUUUUAUUUUUUGAAAAGUAAGAAACUGGAAGUUCUACAGUCCUGUGUUAGCGCAUUAUUCUUUUUUUUUAAAUAAUUUAGAUUAUGUUAGUAUGUUGUCCAACAACAGCAAGACUACAAUAAAGAAAAGGGAGACAGGUAAUACGCAUAGUAAAAUGCAGUGUCAGUAAUAGUAAAAUGGAGGUUAUCUAGAUGAGAUGGCCAUUGUGUUUUUUGUUUUUGUUUGUAUAUAUUAUGUGUGGAAAAGGAAAACUAUCUAUAUUGAAGAUUUUUUAUUUUGUUUUUUUAUUUCUACUGGGUAAUACUGAUCACUGAAGACAUCUGGAGUUGUAGGGAGACUUCAGUAAAAUAUUUAACUAUUCAGUUAGAAUUACUAUUGUGCUGCAUGGAAAGUCAUGCUGGAUAAAGACGAUUUACAGUAAUGAUGAAGACAACAUUUUAGCGACUAGGAAAUACAUUACAUUCCUGGUCAUCAAAUGGCGUUUGUGUGUUUAUGGCAUCGAUUCAUGUAGGUUUGUAUUUGACAAAAGCAAGAACACAGUGUUGUCUUGCUGUCUGUUUGAUAUAUAUUAUCUCCACUUGUAAUACUGUGUAUUGUGCCUAUUUUAGCAAAUGUUACCAGGAAGCCUAUGCUUCUGCCCAAUCUAUGUUUAUUUAUUUUUAAUUUUUUUCUGUCUUUUUAAACUCCGGUGCAACUUUUUCUUUCAUUUUUUAUGCAUUGUUGUGUACAAUACAAACCUAUAAUUUCAUGUUUUUUCUACCUAUUUGGUUAUUUGUAUAUAAGAAAAGAUAUAAGAAAUGAAUUACCCCCAGAACUUUAGUCCUAUUGGGGGACAUGUAUCAUUAUUUGUGUAUGGUAGAAGCAUUUUACCCCUUUUCCCGAAUUCAAAAUUAUGUGCAGAAGCGCUAAAUUUAUCAAUCAAGCGCAAUGCGCUUCAUAAAUAGCGGGUAAAUAUAGUAAUCUCCUCAAUCCACUCUUUGGAAAAUAGAAUCGAUGAUUUAGAGCAUCUUGCUAUGUUAAGUCCAAAAUGGCUUAUAUUUGCGCAAAAAAAACAGCUCUUGCGGCAAAAUCGUUGGUGUAAAGGAAAAGUACGCAGUAAAUAAAUCCAUGCGUACUAUAGAUGUCACUCCAAGGUACCCUGAUUAGGCCACAUCUGGAGGACAUGAUCUACCAAAAUGUGCGCAAAAUAAUGCGCAAAAAAAAAGGGCUUGCGCAAAAUUUUGCACAAAAAAAUACACACAAAACAGGGGUAAAAUCUUUGAUACAUGUCCCCCAUUGAGUUUAAAGAAAAAAAAUUGUGUUCAAGGAUGGACUUUACCAUGUAGACACCAGUGAACUUAUAGUCCAUGCCUGGAUGUGCCGUCACGGCGACGCCCCCUCCAUUCAUGUCUAUGGGAGGGGGCGUGACGUCCGUCACGCCCCCUCCCAUAGACAUGAAAGGAGGGAGCGUGGUGUGACAUCACUAGGGGGUGUGGCCGUGAUGUCACGACUCCGUCUUGGAGGCAGGGCCUGGCGGUGGGACCCCUUCAAUCAUACAUCUUAUCCUUUAGGUAUGUUCACACUAUGGUGUGUGAACGGAAUCUCCGCUCGCAGAGACCCAUUCACACUAAUGUUAAGUUCACACCGCGGAAUUCCACUCGAAUUCCGUAGUGUGAACAUACCCUUAGAUAGAUAGGGGAUAAGAUGUAUAAAGCCGUAAUACCCCUUUAAAACUAUUCACAUUUCAUUAUACAACUUCUUUUUUUUUUUUCUUUUUAAAUAAGACUAUGAGCCUCACAUACAAAUUUAGGCUGGAUUUCUUAUUUCCAUGGUUGCAGUACCAGGUAUAUAUGACCAUUCUGCCAUGCUCUUUGCAGUAUGAUCAAUGUAUUGUAUGUUUUUUCCCAUAGAACACUUUUUUCUCAUUUUUUACCAGAGUCGGUGCUUACUCUUGGCUGUUUUGCCAUCUUGUGACAUACACCAUAGCAGCAUUCAUGGGAAACUGCCCAGAAUUGAGCCUGGCUGACAUGAAUAAGAGAUUCAUAACCCCUGGCAUCACUUGUGCUCUCAUAGCAAUGCUGUAUCCUGGGCAGCUUCCACAGGAUAUAUCUGCAAUAAUAAGGGAACGCCAUAGCAGAGAGUGCUUCCCAGUGUUUACAGUUUAGUUUAUUAAGAGAUGAGUCCUAUAUGAUGUGUUUAUUAUAGACCCAUAAAACCUUAUCACUUUCCCAAAGUACUUUGUGCCAAGUAACGGAUUAACCCUACCCUGUUACUCUUAAAUGUCACUGUUUAAUGCCUCUCCAUACUGUUUAAUUCAGGCUGUUUUACCACCCCUCCUCCCCAGGGGUCACAGACGGACAAUGCUGCCAAAUUCUCCUCUGAAUCUGAUUUAAAUAGAUUAUCAGAGAUUUACGUCAUCUCUUCAGCUCUGUGUUUUGUCCCGUCUGAUGUAAAUUCAUGUAAACCGUCAUGUUUCCAGUCUACUGCAUCAGUAAGCCACCAAAAUGAACCAAACAUUACAGCCUUAUUGCUUUUCUGCAUAGUCCUACAGGACAUCUAGAUUAGUAUUAAAAUACAUAUUUAGAGAUUGGCUUAUAUAUAUUGUUUCCCAUUACUCCUGGGUACUCCAGUGAAAACCAAAUUGUUUUCAAAUCAGCUGGUACCAGAAAAUGUCCCAUGUCAGGAACUGUCUGGAGCAGGAAAUGUUUGCUCUUGCUCUGGACAGUUGCUGACACUGACAGAAGUGGCAGCAGGGAGCACUGUGGCCAGACUGGAAAGAACUACAUAACUUCCUCUGGAGCAUACAGCAGCUGAUAAGUACUUAAAGGCUUAAGAUUUUUAAAUAGAAGUAAUUUAUAAAUCUUUAUAACUUUCAGUUGAUUUUAAAUCCUUUAAAGGGGUACCCCGGUGGCGAACACUUUUUUUUAAAUGAACUGGUGCCAGAAAGUUAAACAGAUUUGUAAAUUGCUUCUAUUUGAAAAUCUUAAUCCUUCCGGUACUUAUCAGCUGCUGUAUGCUCCAAAGGAAGUUAUUUUCUUUUAAAAUGUCUUUUCUGUAUAUUAUGUAUACCGUGUUUCUCCGAAAAUAAGACCGGGUCUUAUAUUAAUUUUAGUCCCAAAAAAACACACUAGGGCUUAUUUUCAGGGUAGGGCUUAUUUAUUGAUGGGGGGCUGUAGCAGUGUGGAGGAUGCCGCCCCCCCCAAUCUUCCACACUGCUACAGCCCCCCAUCCUCCCCUUCCCCCAAUGUCCUCCCCACUCCUACAGUGCCUCCCACCCCUCUGCCAUAAUAAACUACAGUACCUUACACAUUUCAUCCCCAGCGGAGACCAGCACUUCCCCACCUUCAUACCGUACGGAAGCUGCAGCUCUUGGCGGUGGCGGGACCUCCUUCUGUUGCUUAGCAGCCGGGGGCAGGACCGCGGUCCGCCAGUUGAUUACCCCUGGUCUAGGUCUUAUUUUCAUGGUAGGGCUUAUAUUGCAGCCCACCCUGAUAAUCCUGCUAGGGCUUACUUUCGGGGUAGGGCUUAUUUUCAGAGGAAGGUCUUUUCUGUCUGACCACAUUGCUCUCUGCUGACCGUGUCAGGAACUGUUCAGAGCAGGUUAAGUUUGCUUUGGGGAUUUUUUUCCUACUGUGGACAGUUCCUGAUACAGACAGAGGUGUCAGCAGAGAGCACUGUGGUCAGACAGAAAAGAAAUUCAAAAAGAAAAGAACUUCCUCUGUAAUGUACAUCAGCUGAUAAGUACUGGAAGGAUUAAGAUUUUUUAAAUAGAAGUAAUUUACAAAUCUGUUUAACUUUCUGGCACCAGUUGAUUAAAAAAAAUUUGUUUUCCACCGGAGUAACCCUUUAAGUUCCCAAUUAGGCUUCCCAAACUACAACUGUGGAGACAGCUAAUGCACACCACAGAGCCCUGUGCAUGGAGGCUGUACUGAAAGCAUAUGGCCCUGGCUUGUUGCUGUAUAUACAUUAAUAUUCUUCCCAAAAGCUUAUGCACCUAGAAAAGUAUAUCUCUUUACAUACAGAAUCUGAUAAAUCAUGUCACCAUUUUUAUCUCUUGACCUAUUUGUACAGGAUCGAACUUGGAGGUUGUACAGGCAUGAGCCUUUAGAGAAACCCACACUGCAUAUUAUCACUGCAAUGCUGGUAUUCCACGAAGGGUUAAACAUUGAGCAUGUACCAGUGGCUGCCUUAUUUCCUCCAUGUUAUAAUUGUACGAAUGGGGACAGAUAAAGCAACUCUACUCUAUCCAGCUCACUAGACCCCCUGUGAGUUGGUAUUGGUGUUAACUGCAGUCAUAUCUGAUUUCAUAGGCCUUUAGUGGCAUUUGACUUUACUUUAUUUUGGUCAUACAUUUAUUUUAAAUGGGUUUUCAAACUUUAACACUUCAUUUUUAAACACCCCUAUUGAGCAUUCUGAGAUAUUAGGAGAGUGCCACUUAAUUUGGAGGACUCCAAGAUCUUCUAGCAGAUUCAACAGCUGAUCUCUAGGGGUCUCAGUAGUGACUGACACUGUACUUGGCUAUUAUAACCCAGCCCCCCCAUUUAGGACGCCAAAUGUUAAGAUAUAAUGAAGGCACCAGCUGGUAACUGUAGUGAAAGUGAUGUAGGAAAUAAAAACUUUUUUAUACUAUAAUUUCAUGUUUGCUUUUUUAAUUUGCUCACCGAUUGACUCAUUUGGAGCGACAGAACUAUUUAUGUAUAUUUGAAGCUAAUGUUCACGACAAGGCAGACAACUGUUGUUGACUGUAAUCCUGAGAAGAAAAGCUUUAUUGUUGACAUUGUUUAGAGACGUAAUCAUUGCCUUAGGAUACUUUUAUUUAUUGAAGAGAUGUUGUGUUUACUGUAAAAGUAAUACCUCAGAAAAGCCUGCUGUUUGCAUAAAUUAUAAGUACAAUAGAAAUGUUAGGGACACAUUUUAUACUUUGUACAAAAGUAAUAAAUCUGUCUGCACUUUG